AUGGGGAAACUGCAGAGUAAAAUCAGCUUCCACAGCACCAAAUACAGGGCCAACAGCUCGGUGGAGGAGACGGGACCUGUUGGAGCCAUGGAGCAGCGUGUCCCCGUGCACACCGACACUGUCACUUCCGUGGCUGCUCUCAAACCAGACCUGUGUGUGUCAGGAGGAGGGGAUAAGAGCGUGGCUGUUUGCAGCUGGAGAUCCGGGGCCGUGCUGCAGAGGUUCAUCGGGCACGAGCGCGAGGUCACCAAGGUCACCUCUGCUCUUGACUCAACCAGAGUCUUCAGCGCAUCCCGGGACAAGACGGUGAUGAUGUGGGAGCUUCAUGGGACUUCAGGGCCAAGCCAGCGCUUCUCAGGACACGACCUGGUUGUUACUGGACUGGCUGUGAGCCCAGAUGCCUCCUGGCUGUGCACGGGUUCACGAGACAACACUGUGUGCAAGUGGGACAUAGAGACCGGAGAGUGUCUGGGCAAAGCCACUAUCUCCAGGAAUCUGGUCACACAUCUCUGCUGGGUUCCUGGGGAGCCUUACGUCAUCCAGACCUCAGAGGAUAAAACCAUCAG